UGAGUAGGAGGAGUCCAGUGUGUCGCUUACCUCUUGUAUCUGUUUCCGCCCUAAUACUCCGCGGCAGCGCGGCAGACGUCUGGCACCAGGGCAAUGGGCAGGGUCACGACUGCUCCUGCACCGCACUCCUUUUCCUCAGCCGCGCCACAUCCACUCCCAAAGCAUCGGUAUCAACAAGCACCCUGUUGCAGCGCACCACUUCUGAGGACACACUUGCAGUGAAAACAACAAGGCAGAAAAAGUAAACAUGAAUGUCUGUAAAUGUGUAAGCAUGUGUGAACUCCUUUGACUUGACUCCAGCCAUCGAGAAACAGACCUAUUUCCUGGUUACGCGCCUCGUCAGUAAGACAUUAUUGCUCUGUCACUCCGUGCAUGCUGAGUGAAAAGACAUCACCCCUCUCACCUCUCCUAUUAACUCGGGCACCGUGUCACAGAACGAUGUCCAACGAAGGAAACUCUCCUGAUAGAGAGGACAGCCCGCACUCGUCCCCCACUGAUUUGAUGACUUUAGCUAGGCAACACUUCCGCAACAGAUGGACCACACCACCGUCCAGGGACAGCGAGGGCGACGAGGAGUACCAGCUGCGGUGGGAGGGUCACGGGAGCCAGCUGACCAACAUGGUGACUAGCCUGGAGGAUAACCAGGCCUCCUCCGACGUGACGGUGGUGACCAAGGGCGCGUCAAUUCCCUCCCACAGGCUGGUGCUCGCCGCGGCCAGCCCUUUCUUCUGCCAGAUUCUGCAGGAUCUGCCCACUACCCAACAUCCCGUGAUUGUCAUCAAGACUGCCGAUCCUCGCCAUCUCCGCUAUCUCGUGUCCUUCUGCUACACGGGUACCGUCACUCUGCACUCCCAUGACUUGCAGCAGGUUCUUCAGUUGGCAGAGGACUUGGAGAUUCGAGGCUUGAAGAUCACCCUGGCUGAAGGACGCAGCUCGCCCUCCCUCGCCACCCUAGCUGCUCUCCACCCGAGGCUGUUCCAUCCAAGCUCACCCAACACCAGGUUCCCCUUCUCUCAGCCCCUACAUCGCCCCUCCUCCGUCACGCCCACGUCUCUUGGAUAUUCUGAUGUCUCUGCCAAGUUUAAGAGAAACAUGUCGCCCUCAGAUUACAAGGAAGGACAGAGCAAGAGGAUAAAGGUGGAACCCCUAGCCGUGGAUGGCGACAAGAGGCCUCACUCCAACCCAUCGUCUUACUACAUACCCCCAGCCUCAGCACCGCCCAUCCUGCCAUCCUAUUUCUUAUUCAAGGGUACACCUGGAAGCCCCCCUAAUUCCGCUCCACCACAGAGCUUCGGGGAGUCGUUUCCUCUGCAAGGCUCAAGCCCUGCUGCAGACGACAAUAAAGAUCGGGACUCGCCAGGGGUGAGUCUUGUGCCAUCUUCCCGCCUACUUCAGCCAUCGUCACGCUCUUCAUCCCGCCCUCCCUCGCCCCAACAAGACACGAUCUCCCGCAGCCAGUCUCCCACCGUUAACGUUUCUCAGAUUCCGACUCCCGUGAACCGUAAAGUCAGAGAAUCUUCCACGCCCUCCACGCCCACCACGCCCUCCACACCUUCUGCCCGACCUGCGACAGAACCAGGCAGUAGCGGAGUCCUCGGUGGGAGCUCUGGUUCACGUGUGCUACUUUGGAGGUUCCUGCUGGAUCUGCUACACAACCCUCUAUACGCCCCAAUGUACAUCCGCUGGCUUGACAGGGCUGGUGGCGUAUUCAGGAUCAUGGAGUCGGACAUGGUGGCCCAGCUGUGGGGCAGGGCGCGGAAGAACCAGAACAUGAACUAUGAAAAAAUGUCGCGAGGCAUGAGGACGUACUACAAGCGUGGCAUCCUCUUCCACAUUGACGGCACGAAGCUCAUCUACAGGUUCAAUACAAAGGAUCCAGAGAUUGAGCAGAGGAUGCAAUACUACGACAUGAUGAAAGCAAACUCUGAGGGCGAUGUCUCCAGUGAGCAGAACACCUUGUCCAGCAUCCUUCCGCCCUCCACUCUGGCUCCCCCCUCCACUCCUCCUAUCACGUCAUCGCCAGCAACGGCCUUGGAGAAUAUCUACAGUAACCCGUUGUUCCGUGACAUGGCGCAGUUGCCUCAUAGCCUUCUCUACGAACCCUACAUGUCCUUAUUCAGGAAUGCCUCACGCUCUGAAUUGUACUGAGUAGCGCGGGACUUUCUCGUGGCCACGCCCCUCGUGACUUCUGCUCAAGUGUUCCUCAAGAUUUCUUUUUUGAGGACUAGAUAACCAAGGCGUCCUUAUUCGAUGAGUCCUCCUAGUCUUUUGAUGAUAAGAAUAAACGAUUAGUCGAUUUCCAUCCUUACACUUAUCAAGUAUUGUAAGAUAGGGAACGGGUGGUGACGGCACAUACUGAGGCCAUCCAAGAUGCUCCUCCUCUAUGUUGGAGAAGCUCUGUGCUUUGACGGUAAAUGUUUAGAAAUAUUUGAUUGAAUAAUGCCGAGGUAAUGAGGCCUUGGUGAGCAUCCACAGAUGAGUGGCCCCUAUGUCUCACUUCACUUGAUUUUCCUUGAAUUUUCAUGUUCCUUUUCAUUCAUCAUGAUGUUAAGUUGUGCUCUCUCGGCAUGCAUUUUGUGCACCAUUUCACAGCAUUCCCUGUGACUACUCUUUGCACUGUUAUUAAGUCAUCCCUUAACUUCCUCUUACUGUAACUUGCACAUUUACUUUCGCUGGUUCGCUAUAUGCAGUACUCCAUACUUUCGUCUUGGGUGCUCCGCCGCCAUUGCUCAACGUCGAUCUCCCCAUGAAGUUUUUGUUCUCGUAUUACUACUGUAUGUUAAUUGUAAAGCCAUUGUGACCGGGAUGCCACAGUACUCUUAGUGUUCCAGGUGUGACGCGUAUGAUAUACAGAUGUGUUCCUUAUGGAUGUGCGGACUUCUCUAGGUGGUUGGAAGGAGGUGGACACUGCAACGCACAAAAUAAACCCUGUCUGCUCUCAUUUAAUGGGACUUUAUGGUCAAAGGAUCGAUAUAUAUGUAUGUGCAAUACUUUAAGUAUAUAUAGUUAGCGAAGUAAUGUUGGUUUGACAUUGCGUGAGAUUGGAUGAGGUGAUGAGUAUCCGACAUAUUUUACCGUCUUUGGAUGAAGCUUUGUGUAAUGUUCCGUAAUGAUGAAUAUGUAAGCUAUAUGUAGUGCUGCCACUGCUUGUUUUGUAACAGAUAUCAGUAUUAUCAGAUAUAUAACUGAUUUCUAUUGUUGAUGACAGAUUUUUUUGACAAUAUUCAUAGUCCAUUACAAUUCAUACAGUUUUCGAAAGGGAAGUGCCAUUCAGUGCAGACAUGGAGAACUGCUGCUCCGUUCACUGCAACAUAACAUAAUGGGAAGUGGUAUGUGUCGUGUUAUGGGACGAUGCUUCUUGACCUUCCUUACCACACUGUUUCCUUGUACAAUUUUACGUCUCGCAUUAGUGCUGAAGAAUAUCACCAGAAGUAAUAUUCUUUUGCGCUAAAUCCUUUACUGCAUCUUUUAAACAUUUUAAGUUUGUGUCGUGUCUCCUAUUAUACCAUGUUUUGAAACGCUUCUGCUCGCACCUCGAUUACUUUCAAAAGCCUCUACCCUCUACUUAAAAGCUGCGUUUUUUUUUUUUUUUUUUUUGUGGCAGAUGAACAAAACCUUCUACAUUGUAUUAGCAGGAAAAACUUUUGACUUUCGACAGAUUACGUUGUGAUCUUUGAAAAAUUGUCGUGAUGUGAGAGCAAAACGUUUCAGAAUACGGGUAAUUGGUCCAGUUGAGUUACGAGAGCCACUUGCUUCCUUAUCUCUCAGAAUGUCAUGCCUCAGCACAUCGUUACCUGAAUGGCUCCGUGUCAUGUUACCAAAGUUGUGUAUUCCUUGUGAUUGAACCGCUGGAUAAACGCUUCCUUCAGUUAUGUGCUGUGAAGUUUGAAAGUAUGUUCCUUCAGCUUUCUGUUAUUUGUUUUUUGGCUUUGUGAUUCUUAUGGCAAAUAAAAGUUUAUCACGGAAAAAGAGAAA